AUGACUUUCAAAAUCCGUAUAUUUAUCAUUCAAGUCUUGUCUUUCAAUUUUUGUACGAUAGGCGGAUCAAGCUCUUCCAAUGAUUCAACUAUGCCAUCGAAUAGCUCCUCUACUGUUCCAUCGAAUAGCUCUUCUACUGUUCCAUCCGCCUCCGACGACAGUUCAACCUCAUCCGACACGGAAUCAAAGGAUAAAUCGAAAACCGACAAAUCCAAGUCUUCUACCGACAAAUCCGAUACUUCCACCGAUCUAACUGAUCCGUCCACCGAGAAUUCUACGACUUCUACCGAAGAAACAGGUUCUUCCUCUGAAAGCGAUGAAGCCACUGAGGAGACCAAGUCUAAAUCGAAAAGAUCUAAGCCUACCAAAAAGAGAUCAAAGGACUCAAAAUCUCCAUCCAUUCACACAUAA